UUUACUCCACUUCUUCCAGACAUCCUUGAGAAACUGGCUGAAACGAUCUUUCAGUAUGUUGCCUACCCAACAUCUGCACAAUUAGCAGAUGUAGCUGAAGCACUUGUUCAACAACAUCCUUGCCUUAAAGAACCGGGAUCCUAUAAUGGAUGCUAUGGAUGGCAACAAAGACUGAAAUAUAAAAUGGGCAAUUACAGAAGUAAACUCAGAGGGCUUGGGUGCCCUGAGCUGGAUGUGAACUCUCUCAAAAGAAAGCAAGCACAUGAGAAGACACCUUCAAAGAAUCUCAAAAAGCCAAGAAAGGCUGAGGUGAACUAUUUGCCACCUCACCCACAAGGAGAAACAGAGGAAAGCUUGGAAAAGGAAAGAUUGGAACUUCUUGAUGAAGUGAAGAAGAGGAACAACUAUCGGAUCAUCAGUGAAAAAAUGGCCAAAACAUUCUCGAAUCGCAGACAGGAAGUUGUUAAUCUGGCACCACCUGUGAAUGAUUUCAGAAGUAGAUGGCCUGCGCUUUUUGAUGCAGCACAGAUAAAUGAUGAAUUCCAAAGGAUCACCACUGUUAACUUGGAAACAACAUUCAUGGCAAAACUGGACCAGUAUUCCACAAGAAUAAUGUCCCUGGUCUCUUCAAAAGGCGGUGCUGCAAAAAUUAAGAUUGAGCGCAUCAGGAACAUGUUGCAAGAGAGUUUGGUGGAAACAAGAAGAGGGGUCGCAAUCCGUUGCCUGAUGGUGUAUCUGAAAGAGAAAGAAGAGGAUCUCUUCAGAGAACAGCUGGUAGGUAAAUACCGACAUGUUUCUUUUUAACCUACUUGCCAGGAUGGUGAAGAACAGUUCCCAGAAGAAGUGGUAAAGAUCGUAGUCACCAGACGUGCAGCAGUGUCUCUUCCAGCCGUCGCUAAAAUUGUGAUUGAAGGA